CGGCCACGUACAGUGACGUUACCACGUCGCUGUCGCACACCAAUGACGUGGUGCAAGCGCGACAACGCAGCACCGACGGGAAAGAUAGAAUAAAAACCAAAUCAGCGGGGACUCACUGGUUUACUUCGCUAUACACACACAUUCAUUUAUAUUUUGAGCUUGGUGAUCGAUCGGAGUCAAGAUGUCGUACAUGCUCCCUCAUCUCCACAAUGGCUGGCAGGUCGACCAAGCCAUCCUGUCCGAGGAGGACCGAGUGCUCGUCAUCCGCUUCGGACACGACUGGGACCCGACAUGCAUGAAAAUGGACGAGGUUCUGUACAGCAUCGCAGAAAAGGUAAAGAAUUUUGCUGUCAUUUACCUGGUGGACAUCACAGAAGUUCCCGACUUCAACAAGAUGUACGAGUUGUAUGACCCCUGCACUGUCAUGUUCUUCUUCAGGAACAAACACAUCAUGAUUGAUUUGGGCACCGGUAACAACAACAAGAUCAACUGGACGAUGGAGGACAAGCAGGAGAUGAUAGACAUUGUUGAAACCGUGUACCGAGGAGCAAGAAAGGGACGAGGUCUGGUGGUGUCUCCGAAGGAUUAUUCUACAAAAUACAGAUAUUGAUUCUUUUUUUUCCCUUCCUUAUUUUUUAAGAUGUUUUUUUCCUCUGAUACAUUUUUGUGACACAACAGAAAGACUCCAAGUUACAGAAAUCCGAGAUAUUUUAGUUUUUACCAGGAAAACAAGACUCUUAUUAAUGCCCAUGACUGUGUGACAUUGUGCCGUGUGUUUUUUUGUCUGUGUUUGUGUUGAGAUAAACAUUUUAUUCAGUUUAUUCAAAUUAAGUUGUUGACUUAUUUCUGUGAAACAAGUGCUGAAGAAACCAGACUCAUUACACAAGACCUCUAUUCAUAUGUUGUAAUAAAUCUUGACAUUUACAGAAAA